AUGGGGUGGACGCUGCCCAGCUUCGCCUGGUACAUUGAUCAGACGGUUGCCGGAGCAGUAGCGACUGGCACCCAUGGGAGCACAAUGAAGUACGGCACGCUGUCCGGGCAGGUGCUAGAGAUGGAGGUGGCAACAGCCAAUGGGACGCUGAUAACGGUCUCACCAACGUCCAACCCACACCUCUUUGCCGCACUGCAGGUCAGUGUUGGGCGGCUGGGAAUAAUCACUCAGGUGAAGCUUCCAAUCAAGGCUCAGAAGGCGGUGGAGCGCAGCGUGGAUGUCAUGAGUAUGGAGGAAUUUGCUCAGGAGCUCUUGCAGGUGGAGAACAACUACAAAAAGGCUGUGCUUUCGGGAGAUGAGGGCGCUGUCAGCCAAGCUUUGGAGCCUGUUGAGGCAGUCCAAGCAUUUGCAUUCCCUGUGUCUGGUGAGCUCUGGAAAACCAGCUACAGGCUCCUGACGACCACCACACUUGAUGGAAUGAGCGAGCUGUCGGGGGUGAUUGACACAGAGAAGUACUAUCAGUCCAUUACAACUGAUGGGACUUCUUCGGGCGUCUACAGCGCGAGGAGGUGA